AUGCAGAUUUUCGUUAAGACCCUGACAGGAAAGACUAUAACCCUCGAGGUUGAGUCUUCCGACACCAUCGACAAUGUUAAGUCCAAGAUCCAGGACAAGGAGGGAAUUCCCCCAGACCAGCAGCGUUUGAUCUUUGCCGGCAAGCAGCUCGAGGAUGGCCGCACCCUUUCUGACUACAACAUCCAGAAGGAGUCGACUCUCCAUCUCGUCCUCCGUCUCCGUGGUGGUAUCAUCGAGCCCUCGUUGAAGGCUCUUGCCUCCAAGUACAACUGCGAGAAGUCGAUCUGCCGUGUUUGCUACGCUCGUCUGCCUCCCCGUGCCACCAACUGCAGAAAGAGAAAGUGCGGACACUCCAACCAGCUCCGCCCCAAGAAGAAAUUGAAAUAA